AUGGAAUGUUACACUCCAAUUGUUGAGAGAGUGCAAGAACACUCAUCUUCAGAGAAAAUUGGCACGUUAUCUACAUCAACUGAUGAUGUAGAUGAAUUAAGAAUCCAAAAGAUAAAGCAGGAGCUACGUGAGGAAGUGCAUAAAACGAUAAAAAAUGAACUAGAAUUUUUGAGUCAUUAUCUUCAAGAUGUUGAUAAGCAUCAAGUG